AUGGAAACCUCCUCGCCCGGGCUGUCCUCCUCCAAAUCGCCGUUCCUCCACAGCACCCAGAAAGCGAUCAAUGACUGCCCGAGCCUGAUGGACCCGAGGGGGCAAUGUUAUAUUGAGUUGAAAUCGCUGAUGCGACAGGUCAACUACCAACUCUGGUCUCAGCACAAGAAUUCGGAGGCCUCAAUGAUCGGUGCCGAUAUCUACACGGUGGUGAUGUUGUCGAUAUUUGCAUCUGUCAUCAUUGUGCUUAUGGUCAGGGCGAUUAAGCCGACGGAAACUAUUGACGAUCAGGUGACAUUAAUGCUCACAUCGAUGCGGGUAAGAGUGGAAAAUGAAGAAAACGCGAGGCAGAAGCGGAAGCUUCGCGAGGCCAAGAAAACGGCGCAGAGAUGGCUGACCGAGCUGAAGACGCGCUCUUUCAGGAGAUUGAGCUACCGGAGAAGUACUUCAGGAUCAGAGGAUCGCUCGAACCAUUCGAUGCCCGUGCGUGGCGGUUCCUUCCUGAAGAAUCGCUUCCCCAGGGCUCGCUCCUACAACGGGUAUUUACCGGAAAUCGUCGUUACCGAAGAAGCACACGCGAACUUUGUCGACGAUCCGAAUCAGGGGUUAUCUAGACAGUCCUCGAUCGGCACCUACGACGCGGUGUCGCAAUUCUCGUUCGACAUUAACGGUGACGUGUUCGAGGAGGGCGGUACGGCGCGCGGUGGCGUCACGACGACGCAGGCGCAUAUAGAAACACAACCGCGGUCGCCUGGACCUGUACAGCCGGAAGCCGUU